GGCAGCUUCCUGCGAGACUUCUGGCAGCUGCUCUUGAAGCGACUCGGAAGCACGCGGUCCGAAGACCUCACGGUGACCACAUCCUCCCUGCUUCGGGUGCUGGUGGACCCCGAAGCCACCUUGAUCUUCCAGGACCACGAGGUGCUCUACAUGCUGCGGAUCUUUGAGCGCAUGCAAACCUUUCGCCGUAGCCUUGGCCUCGUGGAAAACGCUUUGCCGCUAUGCCACUACCUUGCAGGUUUGGCCCUGGUGAGCGGGAUGACGAAGCGAGAGAAGCUGACGCUGAUCUUUGAGGCCUUUGACAGCGAUUACGACCACUGCCUGCUCUACAGCCAGGUGCACGAGAUGUGCCAUUGCAUCUGCGUCCUCAAGGUCAUGGUGGAGGAGAGCGCUCUGGUCCGGGGCACAGGGGGCACAGCGACAGCCGCGGAGGAGCACUUCCAGGCCGAGCUCUCGCAGCAGGAGGGCUUGCGCUGGUACGAGAGCGUCCGCUGGCACCUGCAGCGAAGCGGAUCCGUUCAGGGCGACAUCGUCAGCUUGCCGGAGCUCUUCGAAGCCUUGGACACUCAGCCCGGGCUCUUGCUGAUGCCAGGCGUGGCCCGCAUCCGCUGGGCAGCCGAGGCCGCUCCCGGAGAGGACCUGGAGGCGGCCGUCCGAGCGGCCGCCGCGGAGCUGCGCCAGGCAUUACAAACGGUGCAUCCCCAUGGGGAGCAAGGCAUACCGUCCUCCACUGAAGCCACACAGGACACCGAUCGCUAUCGCACUCGACCAGCACGGAGACCAAGUUGGCGCAGCAGACCAAGCAGCGACGCCGAGACGUACAACAUCCAAGGCCUACCCAAAGCUCUACCUGACCAGCAGGAGGAACAGUAUUACGACCAGGCACUCUUCAAGCAGAACGAGAACGAGUACCACACCCAGAGCUACACAGGACCAGAAGAAGAGGAGUACCCAAAGGAGGAAGAAAAGCCACCAAAGGAAAGCGACGAGGACAUCAAGGCCAGGGUCAAAAGAGUCGACCAGGAAAUCAGGAUGAAAACAGCGAUGUCAAAGGAAAGAGAAAUGAACUUCGUGUACCCGACGGACAUGAGCCAAGAGUUCAAGCACCACACGGAGAAUGGCCAUAUAUGGAGAGAAUCCCACAACACAGGAGAAAUGGAGUGGUACGACUACGACUACGCGUACGCCCACGAGAAAGGAAAAGGCCAGGAGGAGUACGCCAAGAAAGGAGGAAAGGGAAAGAACAAUGAAAAGAGGUCAGGAUUCGUUCCCAAGGACGAGGAAGACGCAAAGUACUGGGAACGCGUGGGAGAACAGGAAGAGGAAAAGAGGAAGAAGAGAGAGCAGGAGAAAAUGGAGAAGGAAGACGAGGAAAGGCAAAAGUUGCACUACAAGUACAUGUACAGGGAUUCCACAGGCACGCUAUCGAUCAAGAUGGGUGGCUCCAAGACCGCACUGCCCUGUGGGCCGGAGCAGCCAAGGCUGCGCCUCACGGUCAGCGAGGCAGGCGCUAGUGCGAAUGCUUCAGAUUGCACCAUGGACCGCAGCAGCCAGCUGCAGCUGCCUACAGCGGUGCCGACCCCCUCCGAAGAGAGGCAGUACUACUGGAGCAGCAAUCGAAGCUCGGGCUUCCGAGCACCACCUCGACCACGAGAUGAUAGCGGAAUGACGUGUUUGGCCUGUGGCAAGAUCGGGCAUCGGGCUAGCAAUUGUCCCAAUCCACCCAAGGCCUCCGCGAAUGUGAUCCAGGAGGAGGCCCCCUUCGUCAUGUACGCGGACGCCAUGGAGGAGCACGCGGCCAUGUACUUGGAGAACGUCGACGAGGAGACUGCAUGGAGUGAACAGACGGUGCAGUCGACGGCCGAAGCCGUCGAUCAAGGGAAGUGCGUCAUUGACUCGGGUGCUACCAAGAGCUUGGGAUCCAUCUACGUCAUCAGGUGGACAGGGACGCGCGCAAGGCCAGCCAGGGCAGACGCCAAUCCACGCGUUGAAACCGCGGACAAGGACCUUCUAUCCAUCGAUGCCCUCCGGAAAAUGGGUGCCCAGAUCGACUUCGCCAAUGACCUGAUGAUUCUGAGCAAGCUGAGUCGACACAAGGUGAUACGACUCGAGCGAUCCUCGACCGGCCAUCAGAUCCUCUCAUUGGACCAGGUGGAACUUCUGCAGCGCAUCGAGGAGUUGACGGGCAAGAAUGCCGAAGAAGAAGGAGGAGCUCUGCAGAUCAAGAGGGAGGCAAUGUUCAGAGUGUACGACCGGGCCACUCCGGACCCGACCGAUGCGGUCGGCUUCGAAGUUCAGCAGCUUGACUUACGAGGUGUCGAGGAAACCGACGAAGCCGAGAUGGAUUGGCGAAGCUUCGAGAAAGGACCUCAUUGCGGGAAGCACAGUGAGUCCUACAUCUUCAAGACCGUGUUGACUGAAAGGUUUGCCAAGUCUCUGCGAGAGUUGGGGACGUUACGCUUGGUGCAGGGCCGAGAGCUGGGUUUAAUUUACAGCAAGGCCUGGGAGCCCGUCUAA